UAAAAGUAAGGUUAAGUUCGGCCCGUCCGUCAUUCUUGGUAAACAAUAACAACCGAAAAGACCCACUUUUGAAACCAGUAAAAUUAUCGAAUUCCCAAGGGAACAUGUUAAGAAAUUCCACUGUUUCAAUAGCCAGAAGGUACUUCUGCGAUGUCAAAUCGCUAAAACCGAAAGUGUGCGUUGUGGGAGCGGGCCCGGCCGGUUUCUACGCGGCCCAGCAUUUAGCCAAAAAACUGAAAGAAAUCCAGGUGGAUAUUUUGGAAAAACUGCCAGUGCCCUUUGGGCUUGUGAGGUUCGGGGUCGCCCCAGAUCAUCCGGAGGUCAAAAACGUUAUACAUACUUUUACAAAAACCGCCGAGAGCCCCAAUGUGAACUUUUAUGGGAAUAUCACGUUGGGGCAAGAUGUUUCGUUGAGGCAAUUGAGAGAACUGUACCAUGUAGUUCUUUUGACUUAUGGUGCUGAACAGAACCAAAAACUAAACAUUCCUGGUGACUCUCACGAGAUGUGUUUCGCAGCAAGAAAAGUCGUUGGAUGGUACAAUGGGGUGCCCAGUGAUGCCAACUUGUGUCUCGACCUAAAUUGUGAAUCUGUGGCCCUUAUUGGUCAAGGCAAUGUGGCCAUUGAUGUAGCAAGAAUACUUUUAACACCAAUAGAUGAGCUUAAGAAAACUGAUAUCACUCAAUAUGCCCUGGACCAGUUGAGUACCUCGAAAGUAAAACGGGUUUAUCUGAUUGGCCGUAGGGGGCCACUUCAAGCAGCUUUCACCAUAAAAGAAUUAAGGGAAAUGUUAAAAUUACCAAACUGUUCCACUAUAUGGCGCGAAGAGCAAUUUCAGGACGUAACUCCGGAUGUAAUAAACAAAUUAGGACGACCCAAGAAAAGAAUCACUGAACUUAUGCUCAAAUCUGUCCGAGAAUCACCGAGGGAGAACCCGAAGGGCUUUUACCCAAUUUUCAUGAGGACGCCCCUGGAAAUCUUUGAAAACAAGAUACUUUUGGGGGUCAAUAAGUUGGCUGGAGAUGAUUUGUUGACCCAAAAAGCCGUUUUAACUGAUAAUAAGGAAACUAUUGAGAGUGAAUUGGUGAUUACUAGUAUAGGGUAUAAGGGAGUACCAGCUGACCCCGAUUUACCUUUUAUAGAAGACAAAGGGGUGGUGAAAAAUGAUGCUGGAAGGGUGGAUAAGGGCUUGUAUACUUCUGGAUGGUUGGCAAGUGGUCCCAUGGGGGUGAUUCUGACCACCAUGUCCAACGCUUUUGGGGUAGCCGAGCAAAUAAUUAAAGACAUAACCAACGAGGGACCGCAAGAACCCAAACCGGGAUUUAGUGAAUUAAAGCGGGUUCUUCAAAGUAAAAAUGUACAAAUCGUCGAAUGGAGCGAUUGGGAGAAAAUCGACAAGUAUGAGGUGGAACAGGGUGAGAAACUGGGAAAACCUAGAGAGAAGGUGCUCGACGUUAGGAAAAUGCUGGAAAUUGCUUCCGGUUAGGUUUUAAGUGCUAAAUUGUAUUUUUAUUUUUAUAUUUAUAUAUAUAUAUAUUGAGUUAUUUUUUUA